GAAAAAAAAAUAAAAAAAUCUUCCCUUUCAUUUUCUGCUCAAUCAGUUUUCACAAAUUCCACUUGAAAUCUUUUGGAACCAUACAAUAAGUUGGUGGUUUGCACAACACCAGUAGAUUCUUCUUCCCUCCUCCUCUAUCUCAAUAUACUUGUAUGUCAAGGGAUUCAUUUUAUUGGAGUCUCUGUGUUUAUCUUUCGAGGGUUUUGUUCUUCACUCAGGUUGCAUUGGUAAUUUCACGGGAAAUCAUACCAUCCCUUUUCUUUUUCCCAGAACAGGCCCAUAUAUCAUGGUUCAACCAUGCUAAUGGUGCAUGCUGGGGGAGCUAUCAGAAAGCGCUUGAGUUACUUGGACAAGCAUACAAUUCAGGAGUUUAAUCUUCCCAAGAUUACAAAUGUCACUCCAGGUCCUUUAAGUUUUCCUAGUCAACCAAGCAGUUCUAAAUCUGAAGGCCUGAAGAAGUGCUUCCUUUCCAAGCAAGACCAUCGGCAAUUGAAAGGCCUUCCUCGCUCACCAGACAGUGUUACUAAGAGGUGGCUGUGCCAGUCUCUAGAUCCAGCUUCAUCUGAUGAUGAAUACCGUUCAUCCACAAACAUUGCUGUCAGCUUAUUUAGACGAUACCGCAAUGUGGUUGAUCGUGGUGGAACUGAUAAUCUAAAGGAGUUCAUUAAUGCCGGAGUAAAUGCAUAUGCAUUAGGUUGCACUGAUGAAGGCUUGAGGAAAGAGCUAACCAGUAUAAAGGAAUCUGGAGUUGAAAUAAAAGCAAUGGAGAUUUAUAGUACAAGUACCAGCCUGAAGUCCAAAAUUUUAUCCGAGGAAGUUGAUGAGUGUAUUCUUUGGUUGAGCAUUAUAUUCAUCACUAUCUUGUGUACACCACAACCAACCGUAGUUAGAUGGUCCGCUUCACCUCCAGUUUCUGAAGAUGUAUUACACCAGUGGAAAGGCUUUUGUGCAAUCAUUGCAAAUGCAUACUAUAUGAGAGGAAUGGCAUGGCUCCCUGUGAAGACUCUUCAAUUAGAGCAGAUGGCAGUUGCAGGGCAUGCUGAGGAACCUUCAGUUGUUGCGAGUAGAAUGCGUUUGGUGUUCAAUACCCUUGAGGUGGUUAGUCCACAGUGGCCUCGGGUAUAGUUGAUAGUUGUGUAUGAUUCGAAGAGCGAUUAUCUUGGUCUAAAGGUUGUAGUUAAUGUAGUUGGCAAAAUACAGUUUUGAAUUUUAUUUAUGACUAUCUAUAUAUCUUCUAUAUGAUAUGGUCCGAACUAGGGAUCAGCAGAAGCAUUAGGAACCGAUUUUAGCUGAUUCUGAAUUUAGACCUUCUGGACCUGGUUUUCGAUGUGUAGCUGUUGAACAGGUUUCGGAUUUGGGUACGCAGUCCUGAAUUUGAUACAUAUAUAUAAACGAAAAUAGAUAAAAUAAAAGAAAGCAGCAGUUUUUGAUCCUUUUUCUUUACCCUACUUUUAGCUCUCUUUGAUCACUCAAGUCAAACACUGAUAUAAAAAAAGGAGAGUAACACAUGAAAUGUUUUUCCAAUUUAUCUGUAUAGACUGAUAGAAACUUGACUGAGUACCCAAAUAAAGAUGGUGAGAACUGGUUCCAAAUUCGGUUGUGACCAAUAUCAGAUUGUAUUUGCAAAGUGUGAUUAUUCAGCAGCAUCUGAUAUAUGCAGGUGGUCAGUCCACAGUAUAAUACGGCAUUGUACGGGGAAAAUGCAGUUGUGUAUCUGUCGAUAGUUUGUAAUUUGUACCGAAUAGUUGGUUAUGUUUCAUUCUACCAAACCAGUAAUUAACAAAGAGGUUUUAUUUAUUUUUA